AUACUUGGGUAUAUAAGAGGGAAAAAAAAUCUUGAAAAGAAAUAUAUUCUCUUUAUCUUUACAGCACAUUUUUCCAAAUAUUCCAUGAGAAUUUGUUCUCUCCUUUGUUUAUAGACACCACUAAAAAUAGUAUAAGAUGAAUUCAAGUCCCAAAUUCUCCUCCACCAUUAUUCAAAUUUAUUUUUUCUUUUUCAUUGAACUUUAACUCAAUGGCCAGUUACAAACAACUAGAAGUUCAAUUUGAAGAACCAAAUCCCAAAAAAUGGUGUGUUCCAUUAAAAGAAGAUGUGUUUGUAGCAUUCAUGAAUAAAGGGAAUUUUAUAACACAUAAGGCUUUGUGUGAAGGUUCACUUUUUAGUCCAUUAUUGUUUGGCAAAUUUUUUGAUCCUUCUGAUGCAUUUCCACUAUGGGAAUUUGAUUCAGAUGUGUUAUUGUCCAAUGCAAGAAGCAGUAAUAAUAACCAGUGCACUGUUGAUUGGGCUCAAACCGAGACAGAUUAUGUAUUGAAAGCUGAAAUACCAGGAGUUGGUAAAGGUGUCAUUCGUGUUACUAUUGAAGACGAGAAGGUGUUAGAGGUGAGUGGACAAUUGAGGCUGAAAAUAGAGGCCAGAGUGAAGGACUGGAGAGCUGGAAACUGGUGGGAACAUGGUUGUGUUCGGAGGAUUGAACUGCCUGAAAAUGCAGAUUGGAAGAAAACAGAAGCAUUUUUGAGUACUGGUGAUCACACACUCUUAGAAGUUAAAAUUCCAAAAAUCCCUCCAAAUAUUUCUGAUGUACCUUGAUGGGGGAAUUUAUAUAUAUAAUGUGGCAAAUAAAGAUAUUUUAAGCUUGCCUAAUAGAGAUGUAUAAAAUGUAAUUGAUAUUUUGUAUGACAUAGUAAUGUUAGUAGUAUAAGAUACGGAGAGAAUUAUAUAGCG